AUGAAAAAAUCGAAAUUUGCUUCUCGCAUCUACGUGGCAUACUUAGCCAAAAAGAUAUCUACGUGGCAUGUGAGAAGCUUCAAAAUAUUAGCAAAUCUCUCUUAUCCCCUUCCUCUGGGACAGAAAAUGGAGAUAUCUGUUGCGUUAGUUACAGUUUCAGUGGCUAUAGCCGUUGUGUCGUGGUGGGUAUGGAGAACCUUAAAGUGGGUUUGGUUUAAACCAAAGAUGCUUGAGAGUUACCUGAGAAGACAAGGUCUUUCCGGUACUCCCUACACGCCACUCGUCGGCGAUCUGAAGAGGAAUUUCAGCAUGUUGGCGGAGGCAAGAUCCAAACCCAUCAAACUAACGGAUGACAUCGCAACAAGGAUCACGCCUUUUCCCUUGCAAAUGCUCAAGACUCACGGAAGGACUUUCUUUACAUGGUUUGGAACAACACCAACGAUCACGAUAAUGGAUCCUGAGCAGAUUAAGGAAGCGUUCAACAAAAUUUAUGAUUUCCAGAAGCCGCAUACAUUCCCUUUGGGCAAGGUGAUAGCCACUGGACUCGCUAAUUAUGAUGGUGAGAAAUGGGCAAAACACAGAAGAAUCAUAAACCCGGCUUUCCACCUUGAGAAGAUCAAGAAAAUGGUACCAGCGUUCCACCAAAGCUGCAGCGAGGUUGUUGGCGAAUGGGACAAGUUAGUGUCGGAGAAAGGGUCUUCCUGUGAGGUGGACGUUUGGCCUGGGCUUGUGACUAUAACUGCAGAUGUGAUCUCUCGUACUGCUUUCGGAAGCAGCUACAAAGAAGGGCAGAGGAUAUUCGAGCUCCAAGCAGAACUAGCUCAGCUCAUCAUACAAUCUUUUCUGAAAUCUUUCAUCCCUGGAUAUCUUUAUCUCCCAACGAAGAGUAACAGAAGGAUGAAAGCAGCAGCAAGAGAAAUCCAAGUUAUACUGAGAGGUAUCGUUAACAAAAGGUUAAGGGCAAGAGAAGCUGGAGAAGCACCAAGCGACGAUUUGUUAGGUAUACUUCUUGAAUCGAAUCUGGGGCAAGCCAAAGGAACUGAAAUGAGCACUGAGGAUGUAAUGGAAGAGUGCAAGUUGUUCUAUUUCGCCGGGCAAGAAACAACUUCAGUACUUCUGGUCUGGACGAUGGUUCUGUUAAGCCAACACCAAGAGUGGCAAGCACGCGCCCGAGAAGAAGUGAAGCAAGUUUUUGAGGAUAAAGAACCUGAUACAGAUGGCCUGAACCAGCUCAAAGUGAUGACGAUGAUACUAUAUGAGGUCCUUAGGCUGUACCCUCCAGUAGCUCAGCUGAACAGAGCCAUUCACAAGGAGAUGAAGUUAGGCGACCUGACGCUACCAGGCGGCGUUCAAAUCAAUCUACCUAUUCUGCUAGUCCAACAUGACACCAAGCUAUGGGGAAACGAUGCAGCGGAGUUCAAACCAGAGAGGUUCAAAGACGGUAUCUCAAAGGCAACAAAGAGCCAAGUCUGCUUCUUUCCCUUUGGCUGGGGACCGAGGAUCUGCAUUGGUCAGAAUUUUGCAAUUUUGGAGGCAAAGAUGGCGAUGGCUUUGAUUCUGCAGAGAUUCUCCUUUGAGCUUUCUCCUUCUUAUGUUCAUGCCCCUUACACGGUCGUCACCCUUCACCCACAGUUCGAUUAUCCAACUCUCUCUCUCUCUCUGGAAGAGAAAAUGGAGAUAUCACUUGCAUCGGUGACAGUUGCAAUAGCUAUAGCUGUUGUAUCGUGGUGGACAUGGAGAACUCUAAAGUGGGUUUGGUUUAAACCAAAGAUGAUCGAGAGUUACCUGAGAAGACAAGGUCUUUCCGGUACUCCUUACACGCCUCUUGUCGGCGACCUGAAGAGGAAUUCCAGCAUGUUGGCGGAGGCAAGAUCAAAACCCAUCAAACUAACAGAUGAUAUCCAACAACGUGUCGUGCCUUUCCCCUUGCACAUGCUCAAGACUUACGGGAGGACAUUCUUUACAUGGUUUGGGCAUAUACCAACCGUCACUAUAAUGGAUCCUGAGCAGAUCAAGGAAGUGUUGAACAAAGUUUAUGAUUUCCAGAAGAGUCCUGCAUUCCCUUUGGGCAGAUUGAUAGCCGCUGGACUCGUUAGUGAUAAUGGCGAAAAAUGGGCGAAACACCGAAGAAUCAUCAAUCCGGCUUUCCAUCUUGAGAAGAUCAAGAUUAUGGUACCUGCUUUCCACCAGAGCUGCAGCGAAGUUGUUGGCGAAUGGGACAAGUUAGUGUCGGAGAAAGGGUCUUCCUGUGAGGUGGACGUUUGGCCUGGGCUUGUGAGUUUGACUGCUGAUGUAAUCUCUCGUACUGCUUUCGGAAGUAGCUACAAAGAAGGGCAGAGGAUAUUUGAGCUGCAAGCAGAACUAGCUCAGCUCAUUAUACAAGUUUUUCGGAAAGUUGUCAUCCCUGGAUAUAUGUAUCUCCCGACGAAGAAUAAUAGAAGGAUAAAAGCAGCAGCCAGAGAAGUACAAGUUAUACUGAGAGGUAUCGUUGACAAAAGAUUAAGGGCGAGGGAAGCUGGGGAAGCACCAUGCAACGAUUUGCUUGGUAUACUUCUUGAAUCGAAUAGGAUGCAAGCCAAGGGAAAUGGAAUGAGCAUUAAGGAAGUGAUGGAGGAGUGCAAGUUGUUCUAUUUCGCUGGGCAGGAGACAACUUCAGCACUUCUGGUCUGGACGAUGGUUCUGUUAAGCCAACACCAAGACUGGCAAGCUCGGGCACGAGAAGAAGUAAAGCAAGUUUUUGGUGAUAAAGAACCUGAUGCAGAUGGCCUGAACCAUCUCAAAGUUAUGACGACGAUACUAUAUGAGGUCCUUAGGCUAUAUCCUUCAAUAACACAUGUGACCAGAACCGUUCACAAAGAGACGAAGCUAGGCGACCUGACGCUACCAGCUGGCGUUCACAUCAGUCUACCUAUUCUCCUAGUCCAACGCGACACCGAGCUGUGGGGCGACGAUGCAGCGGAGUUCAAGCCCGAGAGGUUCAGUGAAGGUCUCUCAAAGGCGACCAAGAGCCAAGUCUCCUUCUUUCCCUUCACAUGGGGACCAAGAGUCUGCAUUGGCCAGAAUUUCGCCCUGCUUGAGGCGAAGAUGGCGAUGUCAUUGAUUCUACAGAGAUUCUCCUUCGAGCUUUCUCCGUCCUAUGUUCAUGCGCCGUACCCAAUCGUCACAAUUCAACCACAGUUCGGUGCUCAAAUUAUCCUCCACAAGCUCUAGUCUUAGUUUGUAUUGUGUUUUUGUCAACGAAACUUAUAUCAUACACAGAUGAAACGAGUCCACA